CGAAAAGAGAUUUAAGUACAAGCUCUCUUUUUUCUCCUCGAUUUCCAAGGAUUCAUAAGAAGAAUUUAGGGGAAAGGGCUUCGGAGCCGAGAAAGGAAGAGAUUUCGAACAAAGCUUCAUCUGACGAAGAUAUGGAAGGAUUUUUGGGCUGAGUGGGGUCUGUUCCUCGUGGCUCAGCAGCCAUGGUUAUGCCUUCUUCGCCAGAAACCAGAGUUUCUCAAUCUUUGGCUCCUACGGAAAACCGAGUAAAUUCCAAAUCUUUUUUCAAAAGAGUCAACGAUGCUUUCAAAGGUCAAAAUCCUGUUGAUAUCCCUAUUUCAGAAAUGGAGGUGACCCAGCCUGCUUGUCCCAACCAGAUGUGUGAGAGCGUCAACCCUCUCUCAGUUUCCAGUCAGGCUGCAGUUAAUCUGGGAGCCAUUGCGGGCUCUCCUCCGAGCGAGUUCCAAAUAGAAGGACUAUCCCCUAGGAAAAUGGCAAAAGUACGUGAGGUUUUAAAGUCUCUGGAUAUCAAGGUAUAUUCCAGGAGGAAGAGCAGAUGCUCUACAGGAUUGUGAGACCAACUGGAUUUGGUCCG